GAACCUUGGAGUUGGGAUACGCGUCAGCACGGGCCGCCCUGAGCCGGCGGUGCUGUAACGCUUCCGGCAGAGCCCUGCUGAACUCGGCGUCCGACGCAGAUUUGCCUUCCAAGGUGGGCGAGCUCCGGAGGUGUCCGGACGAGUAGCAGUAUUUGCUGCGGUAAACUCAUCUGCCCGCCAAGAUGGCGAUGCAAGCGGCCAAGAGGGCGAAUAUUCGCCUUCCACCUGAAGUUAACCGAAUUUUAUAUAUAAGGAACUUACCAUACAAGAUCACAGCCGAAGAAAUGUAUGACAUAUUUGGGAAAUACGGACCAAUUCGUCAGAUCAGAGUGGGGAACACACCGGAAACGAGAGGAACAGCCUAUGUGGUCUACGAAGACAUCUUUGAUGCCAAGAACGCCUGUGACCACCUGUCGGGAUUCAACGUCUGUAACAGAUACCUCGUGGUGCUGUACUACAACGCCAACAGGGCAUUUCAAAAGAUGGACACCAAGAAGAAGGAGGAGCAGCUGAAGCUCCUCAAGGAGAAAUACGGCAUCAACACGGACCCGCCAAAAUAGGCUCUGCCUGUUCACUGUGGACUAACGCUGUGUGGACUGUCACGACUUUUGUUUCUUUUGUUUUUUGUUUUUCUUUUUAAUCAAUACUGAGAUUUGAAAGAACCUUUGAUAUGUUUUAGACUACGUGAAUAAAAUUGUACCUUUUCGUAAAA